CUCGUUCCAAAAUCUCCCCAGUUUAUUCGAUCUCUCUGGUUCCGAUCAGCAAUGGAAGUUUCAGUGGCUGGUGUUGCACUGAGCAUUGUUGUUCUUGGCUUACUGAGUUGUUCAUGGAGUGUACUCAACUGGGUGUGGCUGAGGCCAAAGAUACUAGAAAGAUUGCUGAGGCAACAAGGGUUUCAGGGAAAUUCCUACAAGCUUUUCUAUGGAGACGUCAAGGACAGCUAUGCGAUGUUGAGAGAAGCAAAAUCUAAGCCAAUGAAACACUGUCAUGAUAUUUCCCCAAGAGUCAUCCCAUUUGUGCAUCGAACUGUCAACAUCCAUGGUAAGAAUUCUUUCACUUGGUUUGGUCCCAAACCAAAAGUGAACAUUAUUAAUCCUGAAGAUGUUAAAGAAAUCUUAACCAAAUAUGAGGAAUUUCCGAAGCUAGCACCCAUUUAUAAAAAGUUGCUAGCAGCAGGAUUUGCAACUCUUGAAGGAGAGGAAUGGGCUAGACACAAGAAGAUUAUCAAUCCAGCUUUUCAUUUAGAUAAACUAAAGUCUAUGUUACCAGCAAUUCAACAAAGUUGUGAUGAGAUGAUUAAUGAAUGGAAAAGCUUUGUGUACAAAGAGGGUUCAUGUGAGUUGGAUGUUUGGCCUAGUCUCCAAAGUUUAUCGGACGAUGUUAUUUCUCGAACAUCAUUUGGAAGUAGCUAUGAAGAGGGCAAGAUAAUAUUUCAACUCCUGAAAGAGCAGGCAGUACUUACAACAAAUGCUUUACAAAGUGGUGUUAACAUUCCAGGAUGGAGGUUUAUACCAACUAAGACAAACAAGAGGAUGAGGGAGGUUAAUAAAGAAAUAAAAGGUUCACUCAAGGGGAUUAUACAUAAUAGAGAAAAGGCCAUUAAGGCUGGUGAACCCUGUAAAGACGACCUACUAAGUAUUCUUCUGGAAUCCAAUCUCAAGGUAAUUCAUGAACAUGGGAACAACAAAAACUUUGGUAUGAGUACCGAAGACGUUAUCGAGAACUGUAAGCUGUUUUACUUCACUGGGCAAGAGACAAUCACGGUGCUGCUUGUUUGGACAAUGGUUUUACUAAGUCAAUAUCAGAAUUGGCAAACUCUUGCGCGAGAAGAGGUUCUGCAAGUCUUUGGAAGCAACAAACCAGACUUUGAUGGGUUAAAUCGCCUAAAAAUUGUGACCAUGAUAUUACGUGAAGUUCUCCGGUUAUACCCAUCGGCAGUCACAAUGACUCGAAACACUUACAAGGAAACGCAACUUGGAGAAAAAACCAUACCAGCCGGAGUCGAAAUCACGAUUCCUAUACUCCUUGUUCAGCAUGACGAAGAAUUGUGGGGAGAUGAUGCAAAGGAGUUCAAGCCAGAGAGAUUUGCAGAAGGAGUUUCAAAGGUUACAAAGGGCCAACUUUCAUACUUCCCUUUCGGAGCUGGUCCUAGGGUUUGCAUAGGUCAAAACUUUGCUAUGAUUGAAGCAAAACUGGUGGUAGCAGUGAUAUUACAGCACUUCACCUUUGAGCUUUCUCCAUCCUAUGCUCAUGCUCCUCACGCAAUUCCAAGUCUUCAGCCUCAGUAUGGUGCUCAUCUCAUUUUGCAUCCACGCUGAUUUUGGCAUGGUAAUGAGCUUUGAAUAGAAAAUCAGCAAACAGAUCGAAGACACCGCCAGUUUAAAUAAAAGGAGGAGUAUAAUAUAUGUAUGUAUGGCUGUGCUCUUUUCCAUCUGGUAUCUAUAUAUGUAGCUUGGAUUAAACAUGG